AUGCAGAAUCUUUGUGACUACCAGAAUAAAACUUUUUCAAGUAAUAAAGUUGAUGACAAUUAUCAUACUGGAGUAUUUGGAAGUGGAGUGCGGAGUGCUUUCUGGGAUCUAAUAAUGGCUCUCAUUUUUAAGUUUGUGUUCACUAUUUUCACAUUUGGUAUCAAGGUUCCUUGUGGCUUGUUUGUACCUUCAAUCGCGAUGGGUGCUAUUGCUGGACGACUUACUGGAAUGAGUAUGGAAAGCGUGUUUCGCAGCUUUCAGAUGCAGAGUGGUCACUCGACUUACUGGUCCUGUCAAAUUGGGAAGGACUGCGUUAUGCCUGGACUCUAUGCUAUGGUCGGUGCAGCGGCAGUGCUAGGAGGUGUGACAAGAAUGACCGUAUCACUUGUGGUUAUUAUGUUCGAGCUGACUGGUAGUCUGGAAUUCAUUGUGCCGACGAUGGUGGCUACAAUGUUUUCUAAAUGGAUUGGCGAUGCCAUAUGCAAAACCGGCAUAUACGAUGCUCACAUUGAACUGAAUGGUUAUCCAUUCCUGGAUAACAAAGAGGAAUAUCCUUACUCAACUAUUGCUAUACAGCUCUUUGACCGAUGUGGUCCUGAAGACUAUAUGCAGAAUCUUUGUGACUACCAGAAUAAAACUUUUUCAAGUAAUAAAGUUGAUGACAAUUAUCAUACUGGAGUAUUUGGAAGUGGAGUGCGGAGUGCUUUCUGGGAUCUAAUAAUGGCUCUCAUUUUUAAGUUUGUGUUCACUAUUUUCACAUUUGGUAUCAAGGUUCCUUGUGGCUUGUUUGUACCUUCAAUCGCGAUGGGUGCUAUUGCUGGACGACUUACUGGAAUGACACGCAAAACUCAACCAUAUGUCGUGACAGAUUCUAUAGCUUACUUUACUAACCAAGUUCCGGAAUCAACAGCAGGAGGUCCAGCUCCACUCAGGCUAAGGAAAAUAAUAGAUCUCGCCCCGAUGGCAGUAACCGAUCAGACCCCAAUGGAGACCGUCAUUGAUAUGUUCAGAAAGCUCGGUUUGCGACAAGUGAUGCGUCCCAGUGCAAGUGCUACUGCCACUUCUAGCAAUGCUCCAGAGAAUCACCAAGAACGAACUGAACUUGCUGUGAUAGUCCAGGAUGGGAUGUCCGUUGGUGACAUUGAACAACUGUUGCGUGAGUCUAACUACAAUGGAUUCCCCGUAGUUGUAUCCAGAAAUAGCAUGUACUUGGUUGGAUUCGUUACCCGGCGUGACUUACAACUGGCGCUACAUGCAGCACGCAAAACUCAACCAUAUGUCGUGACAGAUUCUAUAGCUUACUUUACUAACCAAGUUCCGGAAUCAACAGCAGGAGGUCCAGCUCCACUCAGGCUAAGGAAAAUAAUAGAUCUCGUAUUAGUGACGAAAAAUGGGAAAGUACUGGGAAUAAUAACGAAGAAGGAUAUACUACAGUUUAUGCGAAAUGCACAGUCGGGUUUCACAAAUCCUAAUUUUAAAUAA